CAUUCUAUCACAUAAGAGUAUAAAAACACCUUUCAGCUCCAAUUAUCAUCACUUUUUAUAAGUAAAUAACACUUAAACAUACAAAGAAAGAAGAAAGGCUAUGAUAUUUGAACUACAGACUUCUCUUCCUCAAAAUGCCUCACUGACCUCAUGCUAAUUUGGACUUUUCCUGGGACAGGUGCGUACAUGGUAAUGAGCCAGUGUGGUCCACAGAUGAGUACUAAGAGGCACAGUUCAAACUUGUUCUCAUGUAGCCUAACUAAACAAAAAUGACUCCUUUUUAUACCCAUGGCAAUCACUAUCAAAACAAGGUGCUGUUUCCCUCCAAAGCCAGCAUGGUGCCUCAGCUUCAAGCUAAGAAACCUGCCCUCUCCAGCAGAUCUUGGCUUCUCUCUCCAGUGCAUCCCCAAGUACAGGAACACCUAGGAUCCUCCUUGGUUUACCUGAGUUCAUACUGCCCAAACUGAAACAAGUGCCACAAGUUUCUGAAAGCCGGAGUCUAAUCAGGAUCAUUUAGAUCGUUAAUGCUUCCCCAUAAUUAAGUCAAUUUCUGAUUAGAAUUGUUAUUUCAACACAGCUGGGUGGAACAAGGUUCAACUGUGGUAUUUUAAUAACACUGAGUUCCAAUGAUGAAAGAAGGGGAAAACACUAUGUUCUUCACACAAAGAGGGGCUGCUCUUGGCUCCAGGACUAUGAGGCAAUUUUUGAAUUAAUUUUAUAGGAGAACAGUGGAGCUGGCUUCACACUCCUUCUCGCCAAUAAUGUCCGAGGGAAGGCAUGAUUGUGAGUAAGAGUGUUCUGUCAUGUGAGAAAACAGCAAAAAUGUCAGCAUCACAUAAUAUAUAACAGACUCAAACUUCAUAGCGAUUCCAUCUUCACGUUCCUAUGAGUAAACAUUAGGAUCCCUGUUUGGAAGAUAAGGUACAAGAGGGUCAGAAAGCUGGGCCCCUCCACAAUCGAUAAGUAUUAACUAACUCCUCUGCAGUGUAACUGCAUGAACCACUGUGUCUUUGUUUAUGGUGACAUAACCGACAAACAGCUAAGGAAAGACCUAAGCCCAACCACCAGCCUCAAGUCCAUUUCAUUCUAUGGCUGUCCCCUCAGAGGUCAAAGUCACCAUGUAUCACCACAGGACAUCAGAGCCAAAGGGUCAUGGUGGAAAGGACUCCAAGGUCCAUCUUGUUAGUUUUCACCUCUGCAAGUAAAAUCAGUGUCAGUGCUGAUGAUCAAAACACCUGCUAUCACCAGAAAGCACUCAUAAAAGUAACUCAGCCAUAGUAGUUACAGUGCUGUCUCUGGUGAACCAUCCAGGCUUGGGGGACUCCCGAACUCUCACAACCAAUAAACACUACAGAAACACCCCAACCAAGCACUCAUGAAACCAAAGUAUAGAAAUAGUGACAAAUGACAGAUAAACUCUAAAGUUUUGACGCUUUCCAACAUAAUUAGAUCAGAAUCAAACAGCAAAAUUUAAAAGUACAGUUCCAUGGACUCAGGUGUCUUAGACAAUGUCUUAGCUCUCCAUGCCUGACUCCCUUAGGCUGCUUCAUAAGACUGGAACCUAUCCCUCAAGUGUAGUCCUCUGGCUAUGGCAUGCAGCCCACAUCAGAAGUUUUGAAAACAAUCUCUGCCAUCCACUCUGCCGGCCAUCUCUAAUGACCAACCUGCUCACAGUUACAUCAGAGAAUUGACCAGUCAUACAGCAAGCUGCCUAUCCCUAUCCCAAGAAUUUGAAAUCUCCAUGAAUGGGUCAAUCCUUUGCCUGCAAUCACAGGGAGGUGGGGCCAAGAGUUACUAGUCACGUAACUGAGGCCAGACCAGGAGGUACCUGAUCAAUAGAUGAGUCAGAGCAGGCAAAGAGUAUAAAACGCCAGGAGCUCCACGGUGCCUCACAUCGCCAUCAUCUCCUUCCCUCACUCACCUCCCCUGGUGCUUCGGGGUUCCCCUUCUCCUUAAACAAGAUGUCUCACCAGAAAAAGCAGCCCACUCCCUGUCCUCCCGUGAGUUGUGGAAAGGCUUCUGGUGGAGGAGGCGGCGGCGGAGGCGGCGGCGGCGGCGGCGGCGGCUGUGGCUACUAUAUCGGUGGUGGUAGCUGCGGAGGUGGCUCCUCUGGAGGCGGCUCCAGCUGCGGAGGCGGCGGCUCCUCUGGAGGCGGCUCCAGCUGCGGCGGCGGGGGUGGAGGCUCCGGAGGGGGCAUCAAGUACUCUGGCGGCGGCGGAGGCUCCAGCUGCGGCGGCGGCUAUUCCGGGGGCGGCGGCGGCUCCAGCUGCGGCGGCGGCGGCUACUCCGGGGGCGGCGGCGGCUCCACCUGCGCCCCUCAGCAGAGCUUCGGGGGAGGGUCUUCCGGCGGAGGUGGUAGCUGCGGCGGCGGCUCCUCAGGCGGCGGCGGCGGCGGCUGCGGCGGAGGCUACUCCGGCGGCGGCGGCUGCGGCGGAGGCUACUCCGGCGGCGGCGGUGGCUGCGGCGGCGGCGGCGGCGGCUGCGGAGGCGGCUCCUCCGGAGGCGGCGGUGGCUCCAGCUGCGGAGGCGGGUCCGGGGGUGGCUCCUCCGGGGGCGGCUCCGGAGGUGGCAAGGGGGUCCCUAUCUGCCACCAGACGCAGCAAAAGCAGGCUCCUAGCUGGCCAUGCAAGUAAGGCCCUCCGGUCGCCACGGAGACCGAGGAGCUGGGGGUGUUCUCCGUGGGCGCCUGUGGGCUUAACUUUCUCAUGAGAUUGCCCGAGGUUUCGAAACCCUUCACCACACCCGCCCCCUAGAAGAAGCCAUCCAGUCGCUCGAGCUGCAUCAUCUUCUGCAGUUUUUUCGUCUUGGUUUCUGAAUGACUACCUCCCAAUUCCAGUACCUCCUCAAUAAAUUUGCAAUUC